ACGCAGCAGACACGCCCCUGCUCGACACACAAAUAGCAAAUGUUAAAUCUAAAAUUAUGCAGGUAAUAGGCCCCGAGGAGUUGGCAGCUGAACUUAAAGCAGAGGAUCCGGAGUCCUUAGACCCAGUGCAACAGGCUCUACAGAGACAUGAGCCAAUUGAUUUCGAUUAUUUGUACCCGCAUCUCAAAAACGCGGAUGUGGAAACUCUCCUCGCGGUGACGAAGCGAGCCAUCAGCACCGAACAGUUCCUGCCCAGGUGGUUCAUACUUCGAUUCAUGGAGGUGGACGGUGCGAGGUGUAUACGCGGACUGGCGUGCGGCGGGCGCGUGCUGGAGGCGGGCGAGGCGUGCUGCGGCGCGCUGCGCUCGGCGCUGCUAGCGCUGGCGCCGGGCUCGCCGCAGCGGCCGCGCGCCGCCCCGCUCGCGCUCGCUGACCUGCUACUGGCCGAGCUGCAUGCGCUCGCUCACAUACCACAAUACAAAGAGUUGUACGAUGAUUUACAACAACUGGUGAAGGAAUACACUACCGCCGCAGUCAGAAUAUCAGAAAAUAUAAAACUUACACUCCAGUUCGCCUCCGUUAAUUAAUAUUUAAGAAAAAAUAAAACUUUUCUAUGUAUUUUUUUAAUUUAAUGAAUCAUAAAUAAUCUUUAUUAAAUUUUCUUGUCACAAUCAUUAAUACCUACAACUGUCAUAGUAAUACAGAGAGACAAUACCCUAUUUUCAAUAUAAAAUCACAAUACUGUUAAAAAUAAAUUUCAAUCCAGAUUUAUAACAUUAACAUGGAUAAAAUGCAUCCAUAAAACCAAAUACUGCAACCAACAAUAAUCAUAGUUAAACAUUGUAUAUGUGAAUCAUUGAUAUUAUGUUUUUAUUUAGAGGACUCAAAUGUUGACAUUGUCUACAGUUACUUAGUAUUUAUCAAUCAGGAAAAAGCAUGUGUCCAACCUAGAACAGGCUAAAGAUGAUGUGAAAUAAAAUGAGGAAACCUCAAAUGACACAUAAAUUAAACACAUAGAAUCCCAACCCAUGUGGAACUGAAAGUCAACUAUAAACAAUUCAUCAUUAUAAAACUAAAAAACUGGCAAACAUCUUUGGAAUGAUAACUUAAGAAAUAGUAAAUUUUUCUACUACAAAAUGUAACCUUGUCUUACAAAAUAAAUAAAAAAUCCAACCACAAAACAAACAUUAAACAUUACUUAACUUUGUCAUGUUUACAUGUCAAGUAAUAAAAUAAACAUAAAUGUUCAAGUAAAACUACAUUUGUGACUAUUUAAAGGAAAACAAGUUUGUGUUCAAAGCAAACCUUAUCACAUUAGUCACUUCAUACAAGUUACAACAAAGAAAAUAUUUGUUCAUUAUAUACCAGCAUAAGAUGUAAACUUAAGGAUAAAUUAAAUAAAUCAUAGAAAUUAGUACACCUUAUACCAUAUUAUUCACCAUGAAGCCAUUCUGUGUGAAAUAAUUUUACCACAUUAUCUAAGAAAGAGCUUCAAAUAUUUUAACAUAACAUAAGUGUUGAACAAAUUUUAGUAUACCUAGGAUAUUUGGAACAAGUUACUAGAAUAAAAAAAACAUGAUUUCAAUUAUAUUUUGUCAUUACAAGCUUGAGUAUUCAAUGAUUUGGAUUCUCUGUUUCUAAACAAUGCUAAUUGUUUUAUGUUAAGGAAAUAUUCUCAAAUUAAUUUUGAUAAUUUUGUUUUUAGAUCAUCAUAUAUUUUUAA